AUGACACGACCAUCCGUUGCAAGAUUCUGUGUGGAGGCAGAUCUGACCAAGGAAUUCCCAAAAUUUGUUCGAAUUGGGAAGAAGGGAAGGAAGCAUGAGCAACACUUUACUUAUGAGCAUAUACCUUCGUAUCGCUCGAAGUGUAGCAAAAUCGGCCAUAAAAAGGAAGAGUGCAAGAAGGAAUUGGCUCCUCAACCGUUUCUUGUGGUUAAACAGAAUGAAGUUGUGAAGGUUUCUGAUCCGGGUAAAAAAGGGAAAGGAAUUGUAAUGAAAACCCCAAAACCUAAGUGGAAGCCGCAAUGCACUGUCAUAUCAGAUUGCGAUGCACCUAAGCAAUCUAAUCGUUUUUCUGCUUUAGAAACUAUUGUGGAAUAUGAAGAUGAAGUUGAAGAGGUUUUCUCUGAGGCUCCAUUGCUAACUCAGGAGAAAAAAGUCCAUGCCUCAGUUGCUUCGAUUGAUGAAAGAAGUUUGCCGGUUGCGUCGCUUGAUUCAGCUGGAAAAAUAAUUGUUCAGGAGGAUACACAAGUGGAGUACCAUCAUGAGGAUGAUUCUGAUGAUGAACUGAACGGGCAGCAGUGGUCACUGGUCGGAGGGGGAAAAGGAGGAUGCAUUGGUUGA